ACGGCAUGUCGUGAAAACUGGUAUUAUUUUGAAGAAGCUAUUGGCGUUUGCUGGGAUGCAGUGAGGGACAGUCUCACCGGCGCACGGCUGAAGCGGCAGAGGAAGUCGCGCUCAUUGGCCGGUUGGCGGAGCUGGGAGGGGACGCAGGGCGUCGCCGGUAACGGAGCAGCGGCGCUGAUCGGUCAGGCUUCACUUCGCCAGUGCGGCCGGUAAAUGACCAGCCUCGACCGCUCCGCCAAUGGCCCGCUACGGACCGGCUCCGUAUGUGCUCGCCGACGAAUUGGAGUAUCUCCAGGCGUACGAGGACGUGCUUGAGAAGUAUAAAGAUGAAAGAGACCGAGUCCAGAAAAAGACUUUUACAAAAUGGGUAAAUCAGCACCUCUUAAAGGUCCGAAAGCAUGUUAACGACCUGUAUGAGGAUUUGCGAGAUGGACAUAACCUGAUCUCCCUGCUGGAGGUGCUCUCUGGUGACACACUGCCGCGGGAGAAGGGCCGCAUGCGCUUCCACAGACUCCAGAAUGUACAGAUUGCACUGGACUACUUAAAAAGACGGCAGGUGAAGCUGGUGAACAUCAGGAAUGACGACAUAACGGACGGAAACCCAAAACUGACUUUGGGAUUAAUAUGGACCAUAAUUCUGCACUUUCAGAUCUCGGACAUCCACGUGACAGGAGAGUCCGAGGACAUGACAGCCAAGGAGAGACUUCUGCUGUGGUCCCAGCAGAUGACCGAAGGCUAUGUAGGCGUCCGCUGUGGCAACUUCACUACCUCGUGGAGGGAUGGACGACUGUUCAAUGCUAUAAUACAUAAGUACAGGCCCGACCUGGUCGAUAUGAGCAGAGUAUCAACACAAAGUAGCAGAUCCAACCUAGAGCAAGCGUUUGGUGUGGCCGAGCAGCUUGGUGUGGCCCGACUGCUGGACCCAGAGGGUGAGUUUCAGCGCCAAACUAAUGUCCUCAUCCAUUGGCAACGUCAUCCACCAUUCAUCCUGCAUUCAUUGAUUGGCUACCCCUGUUGA